AUGUUUCCUUCAGGUAGCAACUGUGAACCCUUUCCUUUCACCAAUCAAACCAUGCUUGGAACCGACAAUGAAAACCCUAGCUCUUCACAGGAACAUCAUCAUCCCUUACCAUUUCUGCCCUUCUCUGAACCCUUCCUUUCUGAUGAUAAUGAAUUGCUUAUGAGUCAAUUUCUAUCACAGCAACAAAUCAUGUCUUGCAGUUCGAAUCUGGCAGCUCAGACUGAGAUUGAAAUGGCAUCUCCAAUGAAAGCAACAAAGAGAACCACGAGGAAGAAGAAAAGAGUUAGUAGUGAGAACAAUAGUGAAAAGCAGGCGAUUCCUCGAAAGAGAGCUGGGAAAAAGGACAGGCACAGCAAGAUCCACACGGCUCAAGGCCCGAGAGAUCGCCGGAUGAGGCUGUCCCUUCAAAUCGCUCGUAAAUUUUUUGAUCUUCAAGACAUGUUAGGCUUUGAUAAAGCAAGCAAAACCAUCGAGUGGCUAUUCUCCAAAUCCAAAGCCGCAAUCAAGGAACUCACUGAGAGUUUGCCAGGUUUCAAAAAAAGAUGUAUUGGCGAUGGAAAGAGUCUUUCAUCUACUUCCGAAAGCGAAGUAGUCUCAGGAUUAAAGGACAGCGGAGGAGCUCUGGUUAUAAGAGAAUCUUUGAUGGCCACCCCCAGAGAGGCAAAGAACAAAAAAUCAGAAAAAGCAAAGGAAUCCAGAGAGAAAGCAAGGGCAAGGGCAAGGGAAAGAACAAUUGAGAAGAUCAAAAGAUCAAAACAUUGUUCUGACGAAGCAAACCCUAAAGAUUCGGAACCAUUAGGGUCAUCUAGUGCCCUUCAGACCGCUCAAAAUUUCGGUCCUUGUAGCCAAGAAAUGAAUUCCUCUUUGAAGGUAGUGGCUGAAGAAGAAGCCGGCACUGUUCACUUGCUGGAACAAGAGAUGGACCCUGUGAGCAUCAUAGAGAAAUUUCUUGGAAUCACACCAGGAUCAUCAUCGGCCUUCGGGUACUCACACAACAUUGCAGAAUCAAGCGUCGGAAAAUUUCAUCAAAAUAAUGCAGUUUAUACAGGAAAUUGGGACAAUACCAACAAUGAUGCGCUUCAGUAUACUUACUGUACAAAGACAAACGUGAAGGAAUUAGCAGGUAAUCUCCAAGUACAAAACCCCUGUGCAAUCCACAUGAUCAACCAGAAUGACCAAGCUAAAAAAUCUAGCCCAAAUUUCAUGACCACCUCAGAUGCCCAUCACCAAAACCCUAACUCAAUUUUCAUGUCUCCCUCAAAUGCCCAUGAACAAAACCCUAGUUCAAUUCCCAUCAUUUCAAAUAUUGAUUCGCAGUCUCACCUGCUAGAAAACCAAUUCUCCAGCAACCCCAAUGUUUCCAACAAAUAUUACCGUUUGUAUUGAAGAGGAAAGACUCUCUUUUUAAGUAUCUGAACAAGAAAAAUUGUUUGGCUCAUCUCCACUUCUAUCUAGUGGGUCCUUUGCUGUUUGGAUGAUUAAA